AUGCAGAGGGCAUAUUAUACGGUAUUUGCGUUGAUUAUUAGCAUUUCGUUUGCACUUUCAGACAAUUUAUCAGCGAAUAGUUGGUCGUCCGAUGAUGACACGUUACCGGAAGUGCUACCAAAAAAGAUGCGUGACAAAAGCGACGACGAGAUUCAAAAAGCUGUUUUUCAAGCAUAUGAAAACCAGCUCAAAGUGAUUUCUGAAUACACAGGGCACAUGUUGGAUCCAGAAUCUCCGUACGGAUUCUUUAAAGACGAAAUGCCGAUUACGAAUGCGAGGACUUCUAAUCCACAGUCUGAUCUCAUAUUUUACAAUAAUGCCAUUAGAGGGUUUAUUGCACAGAAUAAAAACACUAUUAUCGUUAAAUGGGUCCCAAAUCAGGUCGUUACUGAACUAGGAUGGAAAGACAUGAGCGUCAGAGGAAGAUAUACUUUCAUGAAUUCUUCAUAUUUUGAUCAAGGAAAGUACCAUAUACAAUUACAAGAUGUUAAAUAUCUUGCUAGCACUACGCUUUCAGAAAAUACCGAAUCGUACCCAUCGACCGUACCUAAAUCUAGCAUUUCAUACAAAAGUGUUAAGGUUUCAUUCACAGGUGGUUUACCAGAAGUAUUAAAGACUAGUGAUUCUCUUAAUGUCAAGCACUUCAUUGAAGAUAUCGUUUUUCAACAAGUAGCCGAUCGCGUGGUUAGAGACACUCACAACAACAUCACCUUGGCCAUACGUCAGGUCAUCAAACCGUACAUCAUAAUCAAAAACGACACCAAUCAAAACUUUCCCGGUACAAACGGAAAACUUCCCAGCGGUAACGUAGGGUAUAGCAUCAGCAACACGGUCAUUAGCGGUUUCGCAAAUGCGGAACAUAAAUUGAAAAAGGUCACCUCAAAAAUGGCCACCAAUACGGUUACAGCUGAUGUACGUACAACGAUUCAUAACCUAGACGGUAAAUUCGACUUUAAGAUCGAGGAGAGUAAGCCUACCGUCGGCAAAGCAACCUUCACCGUCAGCAGAAUCGAUGUCAACAUAUCGUUCAACAUGCUUAAGCCCGUCGAAUGCAAGGCUGAGGUGGUUGUGAAUCAGCCGAAUGUUAAAUACGGUACUAAGUUGUCAGCCGACAUUGAAAAAACUUUGACAAACGCAUUUUUCGACAAUGUUAAAAUCCAAAUGAACACGAAUAUCUGCAAGGCUUUGGGCCAGAUCAUUAAGCCGGGAAAAUAA